AACAUAGUAUAUAACGAUACACGACGGGUUUAGUUGUCUACAUCGUUAAAUUAUUGUACGUUGUGUAUUGGACAAUGUUAAAAUCGGUUAAAUUAUAAGAUUCUAGUGGAACCCUACAUUAUACUACCGUCGAUAGGAUGACAUGUAUUAUUGUCUUGCUUGUUGUGGUGCUGCCGUAUGUACAAGCAUCAGUUAUAGGAAAUGAGUGGGACUACGAAGGAGAUAUCGGCCCUCGGCAAUGGCAUAAGAAUUAUCCUCAGUGCGCUGGAAAGCGCCAGUCCCCGGUCAGUAUCGACACGACGCUUGUAGUAUAUGAUGAGGCUUUAAAAGGACUACAGUUAGACGGCUACAACAGUGUGUCGGCUGUUAACAUGAGCCUCACCAACAACGGACACACAGUUCAAGUAGACCUUAAUGGUAAAUCACUCACUGUCCAGGGUGGAGGGCUACCUGGUGUUUACAAGGCCGCUCAGUUCCAUUUCCACUGGGGAGCAGUAGACAAACGUGGUUCCGAACACAAUCUCGACAACCAGAACUUUCCCAUGGAGAUGCACAUCGUCCAUUACCAGAACAAGUACACAAGUAUAAAGGAGGCUAUGGUUCAUGAUGAAGGUCUUAUGGUUCUCGGUUUCUUUUUCAAGGUAGGACGACACAAUCGACACUUCGAUGACGUAUUGGGUCAUUUCAGUGAUAUAACACAUAAAGAUGAUCACGUGAAUAUCCCCACAAUUCCUCUCCGGCAGUUAAUGGCAAACAACCUUGACCUGUACUACCGAUAUCAGGGAAGUCUCACUACACCACCCUGUUACGAGAGUGUGAUUUGGACCGUAUUCAGAGAACCCAUUGAAGUAUCAGAGUACCAGUUGGAACAAUUCCGCAAUAGAGUGAAGAAAAAUUACCCGGGUGAGCCGGAUCUUGAUCUCACGGAUGACUUUCGCCCAGUCCAGCCUCUGAAUCAUCGUAUAGUAUACGGGAGUCACCUCGACACCAUGCUGCCGUACCAGUCUGGGGGCGAAAAUGGUGCAGGCCAAAUAAUGAUUCCGCUUUACAUCAUCGUCUUAUCCGUCUGUAUAAGUUUGUUACUGUAGUGAUCUGAUAUAUCUUAUAAGUAAACCUACGGUUGUUGAUUUAAGGCAAUGUCGUUUGAUUAAAACUUAAGAGGCAUGUUAUAAGCUAAAAUCUGUGAUAUUUGAUACAAAUCAUAAUAGUGAAAACAACUGAUCAUUGUUUAUUUGAAGAUUCGAGAAAAAGUCAGAGUACGUUGAUUUUUGUUGAUGGGUCAUAACAAACUGAAACAUCGUUUUCGAUUUGCUUUCAUCGAUGUAUAGAUGGACAUUUUGAUAAAAAGGUAAACUUACAGUUGACUCGAUGGACAAUGUACAUUUAAUUACAUACAUUGACGUGCCUACCAAUGAAAGAUUUUGAAAUCCCAGCAUUGUUUCAGAAAAGUAUAUCAUCUUGUAUUAAAUUAUUAAUUAUACGAAUGGAAUAACAAAGCGACAUUUGCUGAAUGUGUUAUGUGCAAUAGGAUUUAAUCUGGAGAUGAUCAAUCGUUACAAAAAGACGGAUUGAACCUAGGGUCUGAUAGAAAAGGUAGAUAUGCAACCAUAGCUUGGAUAUUUUAAAGCAUAGUUAUGGCUAGACGAGAUUUUCACUGGGAUCCUGAAAAUCAAGUCAUCAUUGGUCUUUAUAUGGUUAUGAAUAUCAAAAUUAAAUGUGUUUCGAUCAGUUUCAAAUUUCACUUUUCAAGAGAAAAUCAAUAUAUUUCGUCAUAUUUUCAAUUCGCAAAGUCUCACUUUAGCCGUUUAUAUCCGGCUAAUGUUGUGGUUGUUUGAGCAAUAUAGAGGUUCUGGGUAACUUGUUUUAGAAAGAGUCUAUCAAGCACCACAGUACUAUUCGAUAGAACACAGAAAAUGCACUAGUUUCAUAUAUAUAUAUAGCCAUAUGGUUUCGGUCCCGCAUUACCUCCAAUCUGCACAUGUGUGUUUGUUACUUUCCUUUGUGAUAUUGUCUUUGUAUUAUUUUGUAGUUGUCUACUGGCUUUGUCUCGUUUAUUGUCAACAUUUAUUUGUUCUCUGUAUUAGUAGCUUCUCAUUCCAAUUGUGUCUAUUACGUUAUGGUACGAUACACAUAUUACAGUUAACCACGAUCAAAUCAGUGCUAUAUAAAUCUUGGCUGUCGUUGUUCCACAGGUGUACAUACGUUAAUAGAGCGAUCAAUACUUAAUCACGAAAUGUGCUUCACGUGAAUUUUUUCUGUCUUGUUGAAUGAAGUAUAUGUCUAAAAUAAUAUUAAUGUACAAUAUGUCAUCUUAAUGAAUUAUGAAAUAGAAUAAACUAUAUUUUAACAUAAAA